AUGAUUGCACAAGAUCACAGUGAAGAAGGCCACUGCACUGUGGAACCAGCUUCCGGCACCUGUGUAGAGACACAGGCUGCGCCGAAGGUUCACCACUCGAAGAGAUCGAGUGGACUAGAACACGGAUGCACACCAAGAAGGUCGCAUCUAAGAAGAGAGAUUAGUGUUGUUCAGGAUGGACAACGCGUUGAAGCGAGAUCGACUAUCAGAAAAUCGAUCGUAGAGCAAGCCCGAUCGACUGAAAGAGAGUCGAUCGGAGAGGACGUGACCGUAAUAUUACACGUAUUGAAAGAAAAUGCCGGCGUUGCUGAGAUCAAUAACUCCCGAGAGAGUUAUGUUAAGGGUGUGGAUCCCCAACCACCUGCGUACGUGAUUUCCCAGGAAAAGACCGAGUCAGUGAAUGCUUUGGUGAAUGACGGUUCAAGUGUAGGCGCUUAUACACUUGAUCUGGUGACGUCCCCGAAGUCAGCUUCGGAGGUAGUCAAGUUGCUAACGCUAGAAUCUAAUCGAUCCUUGCGAGAUCUGCGUGGUGACAAGAUCAAGCAGAUCUGCGUGCUCGUCACAGAGGACGAGUACGUCGCCGAUAUUCGGUCGGCACAAUUGUUUGCUGAGAACAAACGGUUUCUCAGUAUUUCAUCUACGGACGAGAGUGUCCUCGAUGAGAAGACCCGGAUUGAUCUUUAA